AUGGUGACGCACAAGGACUGGGAGGAGAAGGGGAGGAAGCAGCAGACUGGGAGAAACUUUGAGAUGUCGGUGUUGGAUGUGGAGUGGUGGAAGAAGGUGGAUACCUUCGUGAAGGUGAUGGAGCUGCCGUACAAGGUGAUGAGGAAGACGGAUGGGCCGGCGAAGGGGAUGAUGGGGGCAAUGUACGACAUAAUGCUGCAGCUGACGGAGGACUUGUCGGCGCUGUUGGAGAGCGCGGAUUGUCAGCUCAGCGAGGAGGAUAAGGAGGGGUUGCAGGAGCAUUUGAGGCGGCGUUGGGACGAGAGUAUGGCCUGCCCUCUUCACGUGGUAGGCCGGAUUCUGAACCUGGUCAACCAGGAGGAGGGGAUCUACCUCAAGGACGUUGAGUGCACCAGGGUGAUGAAGGCCUGGCUGUCGCGCUCGAGGGCCUUCGUCGACAAGUACUGGAAGAAGGACGGCGAGACGACUGGAACGAUGAUGGCGCUGCAGGAGGGGAUGCUGGCGUACAUUGAGGGCAGGGGGUGCUUUGGGUCGGAGGAGGCGAUAGAGGGGCGUGCGUUGGGGUCGGAGAAGGUGCGCGACCUGGUGUUCGUGGCGCACAACUGGAAGGUUGUGCACGGCCACCACCAGGGUGCAGCUGUUGCAGGGCCAAGUGGGGAAGUCAGGAAGGCGGGGGUAGUGGAGGGGAACAUUCCCACCCCUCCCCUCCCCGAGGGGUACAUGUUGGAGGAGGAUGGGGAGAGGGAGGUGGACGAGGACGACAUGAUGGUCGACGAGGGUGAACUGUGCGGAGGCGGUCAACUUCGCCCCGUGCGACUGGCUGCCGUGGGGGGCGCUCAGUGUGGAGCGCUACCGGCUGUUCCGCCGCAAGUCCAUCCUCUCACACGAGGAGAUGCUGUGUGUGCUGCUGCUGAACCAGCAGCGGGGGCUGCUAGCGGGGGAGAGGCGGGUGGCGGGGGCGGAGGUGCGGAGGGUGGUGGAGGGGGAGAGGCGGGCGAGGGACGUGGUGUGGGCGCAGGGCACAGUGAGGAGCGCACGCAUGGCGCCCCAUGCGCGCCCAGAUGCCAUCACAGAGGAGGAGGUACUGUUCAUGGCUCCUGA